AUGUCCAAGACUCUCAAAGUCGCCGCCAUCCAAGCCGAGCCCGUCUGGCAAGACCUCCAAGGUGGCGUUGAGAAAUCCAUUCGUCUCAUCCAAGAUGCCGCCAGCAACGGUGCCAACGUGAUUGGCUUCCCCGAAGUAUUCAUCCCUGGCUACCCAUGGAGCAUCUGGGCCAACUCGCCUGUUGAAAACGCCGCUUGGAUCAACGAGUACUUCAAAAACUCCCUCGAGAAGGAGUCGCCCGAGAUGGACCAGAUCCGAGCUGCUGUUCGCGAGGCGGGUGUUUUUGUCGUUUUGGGAUACAGCGAGAGAUACCGGGGCACGCUUUACAUUUCACAGUCUUUCAUCGAUGAAACCGGUACUAUCGUCCUCCACCGUCGAAAGAUCAAGCCCACCCACGUCGAACGCGCCAUCUACGGCGACGGCCAAGGCGAAUCCUUGGACAACGUCAUCCAGACCACGUUUGGAAAAGUCGGAGGCCUCAACUGCUGGGAACACACCCAACCACUCCUCCGAUACUACGAAUACUCUCAAGACGUCGACAUCCACGUAUCCAGCUGGCCAUCCGUCUUCCCCGAAACCUCAGACCAGUGGCCCCACCACAUCACGCCCAACUGCUGCAAAGCCUUUUCCCACAUUGUUUCCAUGGAAGGCGCCUGCUUCGUCAUUCUGUCGAGCCAGAUCCUGACGGCGGAGAACUUUGAAAAGGCCAACGUCAAGGGUUUUGACUACACCAAGAAUGGCGGAGGUGGGUUCUCGAUGAUUUUCUCGCCUUUUGGAAAGGAGCUUGUCAAGGCGUUGGAUCCGGGUGUUGAGGGGAUUGUGUAUGCGGAUAUCGACUUGGAGGAUAAGUACAAGGCGAAGCAGAACUUGGAUAUCGUGGGACAUUAUGCGAGACCUGAUGCGCUGAGUCUGAGGGUUAACCGUCAUCCUGCCAAGCCUGUUUUCUUUGCCAACGACCUUUGA